AUGGCAACUCAAGCACUGUUGUCUUCAUCAUCCAUCAGCUUGUCCGCUGAGGUCGCCAGACAGAUUCUUGGAAGAAGGCCGGUCCAAUCUUCGAGGAAGGCUUCCUUCGUCGUGAAGGCUGCUUCUACUCCUCCCGUCAAGCAAGGAGCAGACAGGCAGCUCUGGUUUGCAUCCAAGCAGAGUCUUUCCUACUUGGAUGGCAGCCUCCCUGGUGACUAUGGAUUCGAUCCAUUGGGACUCUCUGAUCCUGAAGGUACUGGAGGAUUCAUUGAGCCCAGAUGGCUAGCCUACGGAGAAAUCUUCAAUGGGCGUUGCGCAAUGAUGGGUGCAAUAGGAGCCAUUGCGCCCGAAAUUCUUGGAAAGGCUGGCUUAAUUCCAGCAGAAACAGCCCUCCCAUGGUUCAAGACCGGAGUUAUUCCUCCAGCUGGAACAUAUAACUACUGGGCCGAUAACUAUACCCUAUUUGUUUUCGAAAUGGCACUUGUGGGAUUCGCAGAGCACCGGAGAUUCCAGGACUGGGCCAAUCCAGGGUCCAUGGGCAAGCAAUAUUUUUUGGGUUUGGAGAAAGGAUUGGGAGGGUCGGGUGACCCUGCAUACCCAGGUGGCCCCUUUUUCAACCCGUUGGGGUUCGGUAAAGACGAGAAAUCCAUGUUCGAGUUGAAGGUGAAGGAAGUGAAGAAUGGAAGAUUGGCUAUGUUGGCAAUCUUGGGUUACUUUAUACAAGCUUUGGUGACUGGGGUUGGUCCCUACCAAAACCUGCUGGACCAUUUGGCGGAUCCUGUGAACAACAAUGUCUUAACCAGCCUCAAAUUCCACUAA